AUGGGUGUUCCCAAUUUCUAUUCUUGGCUCAUGAGAAGGUUUCCUCUCUGUCUCUAUGAACACACUCGAGCACAAAGAGUAGAUUAUUUCUAUCUAGAUAUGAAUCAAAUCAUUUACAAGUGUGCAACUGAUCCCACUGUGUUAUUCAAGGAUUAAUUGAGAGAACGAGAUUUCGAUGACAUUUGGGUCUCAAUCCUCAACUAUUUGGACAUGAUCAUCAACCUAGUUAAUCCUCAGCAAUUACUGUUUUUGGCAUUUGAUGGAGUUGCCCCACGUGCUAAAAUGAAUUAAUAGCGUCAGAGACGGUUUCAAUCAUAAAAGAGAUAUAAGUAUUUAAGUGCUCAUCUUCAAUAAAUUGGUUUAUUUCAAAAGAAUGAGACCUACAAAAAUAAUCAAUUCAGUCCUGGUACUGAAUUUAUGACACAAUUAAAUCAAUAGAUCAAAUUUUACAUUGAGAGAAAAUACUCUGAAGAUCCAAAAUUCAAGAAUCUCAAAAUCAUUUUCUCUGGCUGUGAUGUACCUGGAGAAGGAGAACAUAAGCUACUUAGUUUCAUUCGUAAUUUGUAAUGCGAUCCUAACAGUGUCCAUAUGAUUUAUGGAGCAGAUGCAGAUUUAAUAAUGUUAGGCUUACUAACUUAGUUGAAGAAUGUUCUCAUCAUUAGAGAAGACCUCAAAUUCAAACAAACUGCCAGUGCUGCAGCAAAUAGAGUUGUCAAAAUCCCUGAAUUUCUUGUGAUCAAUAUUUCUAUUGUAAGAGAGUAUUUGGAUCUGGAAUUUGCAGUGUUGAAGGAUAAAAUGAAGGUUCCUUAUGAUAUUAAUCGCAUUAUUGAUGAUUUUAUUCUGCUGUGCUUCUUUGUUGGCAAUGAUUUCCUACCCAGGAUCUUUUGUUUUGACAUCAGAAUAGGAACCAUAGAACCUCUCGUUGACUUAUUCAAAAAUCAUCUAACUAAUGCCAAUGAUUACCUAGUUCAUAGAGGAGAUAUCAAUUACAAAGAAUUGAUAAGUCUUCUUGAUUUACUGUAAGGAUUUGAGAAGCUGUGCAUUAAUGAUAGAUAACAAGAGAUGCUUAAUUAUUUAAACACUAAACAUUAAAAUAGGUAAGUGAUUGCAAAAGAAAAAGAAUUGAUUGAUAAUAUUUUGAAAUACUUUUCACUCCAAGAAUAAACAGAGGGAAGAAAAUUUUAUUAUAAGGCCAAAUGUUAAAUUACCAAAGAUGAUGAGUUAGAUCUAGAUAAAUUGGGAGAUAUGUGUGUUAAUUACAUGGAAGGAAUUUACUUUGUGUUAUAGUAUUAUUUCAAAGGAGUGCCUUCAUGGGAAUGGUAUUAUAAAUAUUAUUAUGCUCCUCUGUGUGGAGAUCUUGUUGGAGUAGUAUCAAACAUGGUAAAACAAUUAUAAGAUAAGGAAGAGCCUAUCUUAUUAACAAAGGGCGAACCAUAUCCUCCAUUUAAAUAACUACUUAGUAUCUUAACUCCAGAAAAUGCUUAGCUAUUACCUGAACCGUAUGGUAGAUUGUUAACAGACAAGGAAAACUCAAUCCUCAGAACUCCUAUCGACUACUAUCCUGAAAACUUUGAAACUGAUUCCUAUGGUACAAUGUAUGAACAUCAACAUAUCACGAAGAUUCCUUUUUUGGAUUGCAAAAUUGUUGAAGAGGCAUAUAAUUCAGUUCCUGACACGCAAGAUAAAAGGAAUUAAUAAGCUCAAUCUAUUUUCUAUCAAUAUGAUUCAAGUCAAUAAUAGAUAUACGAAUCUACUUUGCCCAAACACUUCAGCAACUUCAAGUCUUGUUGUAAGAAGUAGUUUAUAGAUAUUGACGAUAAAGAAUAAUGCUAAAUAGCAUGUGGAUAAUAAUAAAUUAUGGAGUAAUUUGAAAAUACUUUCUAAAUUCCUACAUUACAAGUAGUAAACAUUAAGUCAUCGAAAUUGGUUAACAUACAAAUGCACGAAGAUGAUAUGAAGAAAUUUGAGAAUCAGUACUUGCUAUUAGAGCUGCAAUCGGCUAAAUUUGAUUUCGAUUAAUUUAUUUAGGAUGUGAUCAAAAAUAAGAACUUUGUCUAUUGUGGUUUCCCUAUACAAUAAUAAUGCGAAGUGCUAGCUAUUCUCAGGCCUGAUCAUUUAAACUUACUUGAAGGAGUUAAAUUGGCAUCAGUCUAAUUGCUAAAGGAUUACAGCAAGAAGGAUCAUAGCAAGAUAUAUAAAGAAAUAAGAAACAAAACCUUAAAUCAAUAUGAGAAAUUCAUGAAAUUAGAUUGCACAAUAUUUUUGAUUGUAAAACAAUAUAAACAUUACAUCAGAGAUAAUAAUAAUCAAUUAAGUUACCCAUAGGAACAAUAUAGAGAAUUAGUAUAUCCUUAUGAAUUUGUAUUUACUGAUCAUAAGAUUAAAUAUAUUAUCCCAAAUUUCGAAGAUUUCCAGAUUGAUCGAUAAGUUGUGAUUUUCCAUGAAAAGCAAAAUGGAGCCAAUGGAAUCAUCAAGCAAAUUGAUUAAAAAUUAACUGUCCAAAUCACAGCAUCUCCAACUUUAUUGGGAUAUGAUUAUAUUCACUCUGACAUUUAUUAUUCUUUACAAAUUGUUAGUGAGAAACUUCAAUGUUCUGUUAAAACAUUAUUGAAUUUACUUGGCAGUGUAGUAGUAAAUAUGGAGGACAAGGAAUCAAAGAUUGCCGACCAAUUAGAUAUUGGAUUGAACAUCAUUAAUAGAACUAACAAUCAAUUAGUCCCAGAAUUAGUCAGAUUACCUUAGGCUGAUUAAUAUGCAACUGGAUCAUCUAAGUAUCAGAAAUUCAAAGAUCUAGAGUUAUCUGAAAAAUGUGUUACUAUACUAUGCAAAUACAGAAACCAAUGUUCAAGAGUUUAACAAUAUCUAAAUUAGUUGAAUGAUAGUUAAAGAAACUGUCCUAUUAAUGCCAAGGAUCUGUUUCCUAACUCUACUGAUCCUAAUAUUGAUCUCCUUAAAAUUUAUAUUUGGAUUUUGUAAUUGCCUGAAUCUUAGUAUCUAUUACAAGGUAGUUCAUCAAAAGUUGCUGAAAUUAUGGUUCAUAAAAAACCAAUCCAAAAUAAUAAUAUAAACACUAUGGAAAAGGUAGAUCCUGGCUUUGCAGUUUAAUAAACAACUUAGACCUUCCUUCCUCCAUUCUUUAUCAAACAUCCCACAAUUCAUAAAAUUGGAGACAGAGUUGUGAACUUGAACUAUCCAUUUGGCAUAUAUGGUACUGUAGUUGGAUUGCUGGAAUAAAAGGAAAUUAUGGUUCAAGUUUUAUGGGAUUAGAAAUACAUUGGGUUCACUAAUCUUGGUGGAAGAUAUGACUUAUUGUCAUGUUCAAACUGCAAGUUUACAGACAUCUUUAAUCUAUCUAGUGAAGAUUGGAGGUUGAAUCUUGCCAAGAAAGGAUGUCAUAAAGGAGAGUUUUGGGAUUUAUGGACUAAAGUUUAUAAGCCAGACUUCAAAUCCAGAGCCAUUGAAUGCCAUGACCAACUAAAAGAAUAGAAUCCAUUCAAACAAUUAGUUGAAUUACCUGUUGAAACCAGACCAAAAGUCUUAGUAAAAGAUAAGGAUGCUCCUCAGGGUUUAGAAUUGCUAUAAAAGCUUGUUUAAGAAUAACCUAAUUUAAUCACCAAUUAACCCUUGCAAGGAAUCAAGGAAGAGAACAUUGAUUAAAAUGAAGAUGAGGCUUAAAAAGAAAUUAAAAAACUAUUUCAAUUGUAAUAGUAAAUAGAUUUGCAAUCUUAAGUGGAAUAGUUAAAGCAGACAUAGAAAUAAACUAAUGGAGAAGAUCAAAAUGUAUAAUCUUAGUAGAUUGAAGAGAAAGAAGAAAAAUAGAAUCCCUAAUAAUAAAUUAAACAAUAAGCAUAACCUUAAUAGGUUAAAAAAGUAUUAACUAAAAAAAAAGAUUAAUAAUAAGUCUAGUAAUGA